CAGGACGUGGAGAUCUUCUUUAGGCAACGGAUGUAUCACUCCACGAAUUUUCCUAACUCUACGGCCGUCUAACUUCAUGAGUCAUUCACAAAGUUCCGCCUUAAUACAGCCAGUGCCCGGAUCGGAUUGCUUCCCGCCGGCCUUCCCUUGGCGCGCGUGCGCAGUUCGCCUUUCCCGUUGGCGCGCGGCGUGGUUGGCUGCAGGAAUGCCAGAAUUCAUCAGUGCCUUGAGCUACCUGUGCUAGCCAGUGAUUGGGCAAAUCAGACUCUGAAGAAGGACACACUGUAGAGAGUCAUGGUGUUCUGAAAUAGAUUACAGACACUGGAUGAAAAACAAACACCGACACAUUUAUACAUAAUGACAAGUCAGAACAAUAAAGGCGAACUCAAAAAGGUCUCCAAAAGAAUAUUUGCCCCUCCGGUAGCUAAGCCCCUUGCUCUUUGUUCCAAAGGGGAAACAGAACCACUCAGGAAACAAGGAGAUGCCCAAGCAAAGAAGAUUCCUCUGAACCACUGUGCAGGCAGUGGAGCCCCCAGAAUGGAGCCCAAACCUAGGAAAACAAAGGUCAACAAGAAAACCCAAGAUAAGAGGUUGAAGGAAAGUACUACUGUAGAAGGAAAGCACUGCUGUGAUUACUCAUUGGAAGAGGGUUACCUUACUGAUGCACAAUUUGAGGAGAUUGUCCAGAGCGUGCUUCAGAAGUCUUUGCAAGAGUGCAUGGGAGAGACUGGAAAGAGAGUUGCUGUGACAGAGCCUGCUAAGGAACAAGUUCUGGAAAGCGAGACUUUGGAGACAAUUCUAGCAGUAGAGGAUGCUGUCCCUGGAAAGCCAAGCCAGGGUAAAGGGGAGGCAAUACUUUUAGCAAUGGAACAGAAGGAGCAUCUUCCCAGAACAAAGAAAUACAGCAGACUGCUUGGGAAUAAGGACAAAAAAGAGAAAAAUGAGAAACCAGAAGCAGACAAUGGAGGGCGUAAGGAAAACCGGAAAGGAGCGCCCAAGAAAAAAGUUCAAGGCAACGCCCGCAUCCUCGUUGACCAAGAGGAAAUGCAGGAGGAGGAGGCAGACAGAGGAAGUGGUUGCUUCUGGUGCAUGGCAUGGGUCCAGUGCUCUUAUCCAACUUGUGAGAAGUGGAGGCGGCUGAGCAGUGACAUUGAUCCAUCAGUUCUGCCUGAGGACUGGUCCUGUAGCCAGAACCCAGAUCAUCAGUACAACAGCUGCAGCGUUCCUGAGGAGACGUGGUCGGGUUCUGAAAAUGAAGUGGUCUAUGCAGUUUAUAUUCCAGGGUCAAUUGUGUGGGCCAAACAAUAUGGAUACCCAUGGUGGCCUGGGAUGAUAGAAGCUGAUCCUGACCUUGCAGAGUACUUCCUGUUUUCUUCGCAGGAAGAUUCACUUCCUUCCAAAUACCAUGUGACCUUUUUCGGCAACUCUGCUACCCGGGCGUGGAUCUCUGCCUCCUUGCUUAGGAACUUUGGUGAACCAGAUGUGGAAGGAAACAGUUUGACCAAGCUCAAGGGCAAACGUGACAAGAAGAAUCUUGAAGCUGCUCUAAGGAUGGCGAAAGAAGCAGAGCAAAUAAAUAUCCAGGAGAGAAUAAGGAUAUUUGGAUUCUCUAGCCGGUUCAGUGGGAGAGAGCCGCCCAAAGAUGUGAAAGAUCUAAAAUGCAAACCCUGCGCCAAGAAGAUUCAAGAACCAAGCAGUGGCAGUAAGGAUACAGCGGCUUCAAUCACGAGUCAGGAAAAGCAAACAAUACCUGCCUUCCAGCUUCUUCUUGGAAAACCAGUGAUGAAACCUGAUGGCAAUCUCAACAAGAAAACCAACAUAAAAGGGGCCAAAGAAAGAAAAGUUACAACUGAAGAUAGCUUCCCUUUGACAAAGAAGAGCCGAAGAGAGGUGUCCUCCCACAAAACUAUAGCUGUGCCAAAAGGAUCUGGCAAAGCAAAGGUGCAUCAGGAUGGCCAAAAAGGUUCUAAGAAAUCAUUCACUGUGCCCCAGUCUAAGAAUCCUAAAGCUGCUGAAUGGCUCAGUUCUUGCACAGCCAGAAGCACUGGCAACUUAGUGCUCUCCAGUCAUUCAGGCAAAAAAGACAGUUUGAACGAGGCUGAAAUCUUCCACGCAGCAGAAAGGAAGCUGCUGUUGAGUAAGGGCCUUGAGGCAUCCGAUGAGCCUAUGGCAGUUGUGGCUGAGGAAGAAGCAGCCUUGGGCAGCCAGGAGAUGUCUGUCUCUGCUGAGGGGAAAUGUUACUCUCCUGAAGACUUUUCCUUGGUCUUCUAUGAAGAGUAGCCUUGUGCAGGGAGGCCAUGCAUGGCUCCCCCACCUCCAAAAAGGAAAGGGAUGGAUUAUUUCUUCCUCUGGAAUCUUACAGAAGAUGGGCCAAUGAAGACGAUGAAUAUCAUCCAACAGCAGAAGCAUAGCAGCAAGGGAUCAGGGAGGAAGGCCAUUGUGGUUCCAGUUCUUCAGUUGAUUCUACCUAGUGGAGUGAAGCAGUUGGUGGCUGCUUUUUCCAAACAAGGCUGUGAUGCUUCCCCUUUGGUUCCUUGAUUAAACAGGCCAUUAUUUGCAAGUAUUUGCUCUAAACACAACAGGGAAACUAAAUUCACCACCCCCACUAAGUUUGAUUGGCUUGCAUAAAACUUACUACAAAGAAGCAGUCAAAAGGUAGCCAGUCAAUCACAUAAUAAAAAAACCUGAGUGAUUCACACAGUCAAAAACCAUGUUCUGCCCAGGUUUAGGAGCUGUGUGCUCCCAAUUUUCGUUUAUGUGGAAGC